UCAAAACUAAACUAAUUAGUUGCCCUAAUCGAAUGGACUAGCAAUGUAAAACCCCAAAGCUCAUUCUUCUUAAACCCCCGAAGGUUCUACAUCAAUGGCCCUUUUUCUGUCAUCAUCCUUCUUCAACCCUCCGCUUUCUUCUACCAACAACCAAAACACUGCAAAUUCCCGUCCAAAAACUGCACAAUUCAGUACCGUUAGUGCCGUACCUUUAUGUGUUCCAUCUAUUUCGUCUACAUCGUCACCUGUAACUCCAAUUCUGAAACUCGACAAAUACAGCUCUGAUUACUCUCACCUGUUUCCUUCACUUUCAUUUUCCAAUAUUCUCUUCUUUAAAUCAGCAUAUAAUGUUCAGGUUAUAGCUGGGGAACACGAGCCGGAAGAGAAGCUCAUCGGCCGCUUCCGCAGGGAGGUUUUCAGAGCUGGAGUUAUCCAAGAGAGUAAACGCCGAAGAUUUUUUGAAUCUACUCAGGAAAAGAAGAAAAGGAAGUCUCGUGAUGCUGCCAGACGAAACCGCAAAAGAAGGCCUCAGCCAAAAGCUCUACUAGGGGAUACACAGGAAACUUUGAAGGAUGAGGGUUAUAAAUCUGAUGAAGAUAAGUGGGACCUCAUCGACGUAGAAUCACCCUAUACAAGACCUUAACCAGCCAUGUGAAAACCAAAUGGUCUAAGAACAAGGUUUCAUAUAUCAGUUUUUCCUCAAGUACAACGAGCUGCUGCAUAUUCUCGCUUAUUUUGCUAACCUGGCUAUAUCUGCAAUUUGAUGUUUUGUGUGAGUCAACACGAGUAUAUUGUCGUAGAAAACACUAGUUUUGGCAUAAGGGUUUC